AUGGAGUCUGGGGUUCAAGAUCAACGACCUGAUGGUCAACAGGUUAUGAUUGCCCAAGUUCGCGAUGCUACUCUGCAGGAACCCAGACCGUUGGAAGGCGAAACCCACGGGCCAAAUUAUGAUCGCGGCCCUCAUCCGCCGCAGCAAUUGCCGAAUGGAGUGCCCCACAGACCUUUGGGAGCCUCUCCGACUGCAGAAAGCGAUUUGGCUGCCUUUGCUUACUCGCCGUCUGCAGAAAGGCAUGAGAUGGGAGGCGGUGAUCGAGAUUGUGCUCCUCGUGGACCUGCUCCGGCUUUUUACCAAGAGGCCUUGCCAGCCCAACCGGAACGCCUGGGCAUGGCAGGCCCUGUGGAACCUGCUGGACAGAUGAGAAGCUUUGGUGGAGCCUCAGCUGCUACGAUGAACUGGAUGACCCGGCUAGGCGAUUUCCUACGGACGCAAGUGCAAGGCGGCAUGGAGACCAGGACUACGAUGACGCGUCAGCAAGUUGUGGGCUCGAGAGAACUGGGUGGCUUGGUUGUGCAACAGGAGCAGCUGCAACACACUACUUCCCAGCCGGCAUCUCCCCACAACCGCUUGUAUCCUGCCGCACCUUCGUCACCUUUCCGGGAUGACAUGGGAGAAGGGGAACAAGAUCCACCCUUGUUUGGGGUUGGAGCUCGGCGCGUGAUGGAAAGCUGGGCCCAGCGGGCUCCUCUUCUACAUGGAGGGCAGAGGACUCAACAAGGGCCGGGGACGGAUGCAGGGUCUACCGGGUCUAUACCAAGGGAAGUGGUCCAAGAAGAAGUUCGUCGGCAGGUGCAGGAAGCUUUGGAGGGUCAGCGUCGAUCGUUGGAGCGUCUUCAGGAGGAGAAUCGGCUGUUAAAAGAUGAAAUGAGGAGCCGUGAGGGCAUCGGGCUGCAUCCUCGCACGGUGUACCAGAAGGGCAUCGGGCUGCAUCCUCGCACGGUGUACCAGAAGGGCAUCGGGCUGCAUCCUCGCACGGUGUACCUGACGGGCAUCGGGCUGCAUCCUUACAUGGUGUACCAGAAGGGCAUCGGGCUGCAUCCUUGCGUGACGUACCAGAAGGGCGUCGGGCUGCACCCUCGCAUGGAGUACCUGAGGGGCAUCAGCAAUCAGCUUUUCAGAGUCGUGGAGUACCUGAGGGGCAUCAGCAAUCAGCUUUUCAGAGUCGUGGAGUACCUGAGGGGCAUCAGCAAUCAGCUUUUCAGAGUCGUGGAGUACCUGAGGGGCAUCAUCAGUCAGCUUCCCAGAGUCGUGGAGUACCUGAGGGGCAAGGACGAGUGGGGCAUCAGGACUUCGCCGCUGGGGCGAACUCGGAGGAAGCCAUCUUCGUCACCUACGAGACCGGCUGAGGGCCUGGGUCGGGCUAGUUUUGCCUACGGUGUGACGGGCCUCUUGGAUGGAGAUGGAUACAGCUUUCCGCAGAGCGAGCGAGUAUACCGUCAGCCAAAGUACCAGGAGACCAAGACCUUUGGCGACUAUGAUGUGUCGGUGCCACCUGGCCUAGGUUUCUCGGCUGAAGGAGCGAAAGAGGCACCGAGAUCGGCUCCCGCGGAACCCUCGACGGCACCAGCCACUGGAGAUGCGGCCAAUCGGGAGCCGAAUCCGCUCGAGGUUCUCAUCACUGGAAUGACCCAGUUGCAACAGCUCUUGUUGAAGAAGGGUGAAGGACUGGAUGUGGAGGCAAAGGGGAUGCCGGAGUUGCCCAAGCUUUCGGAGUACAGCCCGGAAACGGGAGCGAUAGAGUUUCAGGACUACUUGUACCUGGUGGAGCAGCAGAUCGGCUCACUCGCUAGUGGAGCGGGGGAGUGGUGGCAGAAGACCUUGGAGGUGGCCCAGGCUGCGUAUACCGAGUACCAAGCGCUCUCACCGGUGAAGAGGCUGGGGGUGAAGGCUCAGUUGACGGCUGAGCUUAAGGAGGAGCGAUACCGCCGGUUAGAGAAGAAGGUCGCGGCGAUGCUGUUGAGCUCCUUGCCAAAGGGGGUCAAGGACGACCUCAUCGCGUACCGC